CUUCCAUCCAAAACCGGAACGGAAGUUGAAGCUGAAGCUGUCACCAAAAAUCACAUCACAAUCAAAGUCAAUUUAGUUGCCAUUGAGUCUCCCGGCCGAUAUACUCUUCGACUCCAAGCCAAGAUGGUGUUCCAGACUCCUAUUCGACGGGCGUAUCCGUCCUACAAGAGCCCCUACGGACCUAAGUACCACUACCAACCGAAUGUUGCAGGGUGGACAUUUAAGCAGAUCAGCAGCCUCGGAUUCAAGGCCGGCGCUUUCGGUGGCGUAGCUCUCUUCGCCGUCAUCUUCUACGCCUCAGGCAUCCCCAGAGUAAAGAAGGAUAUCCUACAAAAAAUACCCUUCAUCGGUGGCUACUUCAUCAAGGAGAUCCCCGCGUCAGACAACCCCUUCUAAACUUGGAUCGUGCUGGUGGUUCUUGCUAGACAGAUAAGGGAGCGCGAUGCUAGAAUAGAGCUCAUACUGCGAACUUCUGUACAAAAUGACAUCCAAAUAGAU